UAUCAAUAUCAUCUCUCUCUCUCUCUCUCUCUCUCUCUCUCUCUCUCUGGUUCUUUCUGUCUUUACUGUCAUUCUCCUCUAAUUUUCUUAGGAAAAUUUACUCAGCCAAACAAAGCCUUCGAUUUCAAGUCUAUUCUGCAUGUUACGUUUGAACACCAAGUCACUUUGAAUCUGUUGAAGAGAAUCUCAGUUCCUAUUGAAACCCAAGGACACUUGUUUUUCACUUCUUUUCUUUCAUUCCGAAAUUGCACAGUAAAAAAAAAAAAAUUUGAAGUUUGUCUCAGAGAUUUUUUUUUUAUAUAUUUAUUUAUCUUUAGAUAGUAUUGGAAAUGCGGAACAGCCAGCGGUUUUUCAAGGUGUUACGGCCGAUCGGAAAAUCGCCAGCGAUUUGAUGGAAUCGACACUGUUUAGUGCUGCAGCUUUGGACAUUUCAUGGAGUUAAUAAUACGCUGUAGUCCAUAUUCGCUCACUAGAUUUGACAUUAAGCUCAGAUUUGUAGUAAUUGUUUUCGGGAUUGCAGUUAUAUUUUUAUGCGUUCAAGCUGCUAAUGCGGACACUCAAGAACACCCAAUUCAAUGGCAAGGACCAGAAAGUGGAGGUGGAAAUAUUGUCUCACAUUCAUGCAUUCACGACCAGAUAAUUGAACAGAGGAGGCGACCUGGUCGCAAGGUGUACUCUGUUACCCCACAGGUUUAUGAUCAGUCUGUUAUGUCAAAAUCCUUUCAUCACAAAGGAAGGGCAUUGCUUGGAAUUUCAGAAUUGCAAUCGCAGCAAAAGGAUGCAAAGCAACCUAUUAGGAUUUUUUUAAAUUAUGAUGCUGUUGGACAUUCACCUGAUAGAGAUUGUCAAAAAGUUGGUGAUAUUGUGAAGCUUGGGGAACCUCCUGUGACUUCUUUUCUUGGCACUCCUUCUUGCAAUCCUCUUGGUAAUCCUCCAAUUUAUGGUGACUGCUGGUAUAACUGCACUUUGGAUGAUAUAUCAGGGGAGGACAAAAGGCGUCGCCUUCACAAGGCUUUGGGGCAGUCAGCUGAUUGGUUUAGGAGAGCAUUGGCUGUUGAGCCUGUGAAGGGGAACUUGCGGUUAAGUGGAUAUUCUGCAUGUGGACAAGAUGGAGGUGUGCAACUUCCACAUGAAUAUGUUGAAGAGGGUGUUUCUGAAGCAGACUUGGUUUUGUUGGUGACUACGAGACCUACAACAGGCAACACUCUUGCAUGGGCAGUUGCAUGUGAACGUGAUCAAUGGGGUCGCGCAAUUGCUGGACAUGUGAAUGUUGCUCCUCGCCAUUUGACGGCUGAGGCAGAGACGUUACUUUCAGCUACUUUAAUUCAUGAGGUUAUGCAUGUUCUUGGUUUUGAUCCCCACGCAUUUGCCCAUUUUAGGGAUGACAGGAAAAGAAGGCGUGUUCAGGUUACUGAACAAGUCAUGGAUGAAAAGCUUGGGCGGAUGGUAACACGAGUGGUGCUUCCACGUGUUGUCAUGCACUCACGACAUCAUUAUGGGGCAUUUUCUGAGAAUUUUACUGGUUUAGAACUUGAAGAUGGGGGAGGGCGUGGCACGUCAGGAUCACACUGGGAAAAAAGACUUCUGAUGAAUGAGAUUAUGACAGGAUCUGUGGAUACAAGAUCUGUAGUUUCAAAAAUGACGCUGGCUUUAUUGGAGGAUAGCGGGUGGUACCAGGCUAACUAUAGCAUGGCGGACCGUCUUGAUUGGGGUCGCAACCAAGGAACUGACUUUGUGACUUCCCCUUGCAAUCUCUGGAAGGGGGCAUACCAUUGCAACACAACCCAGUUAUCAGGUUGUACAUAUAACAGGGAGGCUGAGGGUUACUGCCCUAUUGUAAGUUAUAGUGGGGACCUCCCUCUGUGGGCUCGUUACUUUCCACAACCAAAUAAAGGUGGGCAGUCCUCAUUGGCUGAUUAUUGUACCUACUUUGUGGCUUACUCUGAUGGAUCAUGUACAGACACUAACAGCGCACGGGCACCCGACAGAAUGUUGGGUGAAGUUCGAGGGAGUAGCUCCAGGUGCAUGGCAUCAUCUUUAGUGCGCUCUGGCUUUGUGCGUGGUUCUGUGACCCAAGGAAAUGGUUGUUAUCAGCACAGAUGUGUAAACAUGUCUCUUGAGGUUGCUGUGGAUGGUAUGUGGAAAGUGUGUCCUGAAGCUGGUGGGCCAGUUCAGUUCCCUGGGUUCAAUGGUGAGCUGAUUUGCCCUGCUUUCCAUGAACUCUGUAGUAAAGGCUCAGUUUCUGUACCUGGGCAAUGUCCCAGUUCAUGUUAUUUUAAUGGAGACUGUGUUGAUGGAAAUUGUCACUGUUUCCUGGGAUUUCAUGGUCAUGAUUGUAGCAAACGCUCCUGCUCUGGUAAUUGCAAUGGGCAUGGCAUGUGCCUUUCAAAUGGGAUCUGUAAAUGCCAAAAUGGUUACACUGGCGUUGACUGUUCUACCGCUGCUUGUGAUGAACAAUGCAGCCUUCAUGGUGGGGUUUGUGAUAAUGGAGUUUGCGAAUUCCGAUGCUCAGAUUAUGCAGGCUACACAUGUCAGAAUAGCUCGACACUCCUCUCUGGCCUCUCUGUUUGCAGAAAUAUGCUGGAGAGUGAUAUGUCUGGUCAACAUUGUGCACCUAGCGAACCAAGUAUACUGCAGCAGCUAGAAGAAGUUGUUGUCAUGCCCAACUACCAUCGAUUGUUCCCUGGUGGUGCCCGGAAGCUAUUUAAUAUCUUUGGCAGCAGCUACUGUGAUACAGUUGCUAAACGAUUAGCGUGCUGGAUCUCCAUCCAAAAGUGUGACAACGAUGGUGAUGACAGGCUUCGGGUAUGCCAUUCGGCAUGUCAGUCGUAUAAUUUAGCUUGUGGAGCAUCGCUUGACUGUUCAGACCAAACCCUCUUUAGCAGUGAAGAGGAGGGCGAGGGCCAGUGCACGGGUUCUGGAGAGAUGAAGGUAUCAUGGUUGAAGCGUCUGGGGAUUAGGUUCUUUUCAAUUAAUACUUCAUUCAAAGGGACGUCUGUAGAAUGUAGGCAGCAGUAGUCUUCCCCCCUUUUUUUUUUUAAAAAAAAAUUCUUAUCUUAUUGGUUGUUUUUUUUGGCUUGUAAUUUUUACGAGGGCUCCAUUUUAGGAAAAAGGUGGCAUGCGGUGCACGUGCCCUAGAUGUAGGUGGUUGUCCUUCACUCAUCCCAAAUGCCAUUUAAGAAAUUUGGAUGGGAGGCUUUCAAAGAUGAAAGCAGCAUGUAGAGAUUCGGAAAUGUAUGCCAAAAAAAAAAAGGGAAAGCCUUGUUAAUGAGUAAAAGAGGUUCGGCCGAAGGCCUUUGAAGAAUGAAAAGCCUCAUGUUUUCUUGUUUA